AUGGAGAACCAGGCACCCGAGCAGCACAGCUAUGAGGACGUCCAGAAGAGCGGCUAUCUCCGCAAACAUAAAUCAAUGCACCGGCGCUUCUUCGUGCUGAGAGCGGCCUCGGAGCGUGGUCCCGCGCGCUUGGAGUACUAUGAAAACGAGAAAAAAUUCCGCAGUAAAUCUCCUGUGCCCAAGAAAGUGCUCAGUCUGGAGACUUGCUUUAACAUCAACAAGCGGGCAGAUUCCAAAAACAAGCACAUGGUAGUGCUUUACACCCGCAGUGAGAGCUUUGCCAUAGCGGCGGACAGCGAGGAGAUCCAAAACGAGUGGUACCAAGCGAUGCUGGACCUUCAGUGCAACUGUAAGAUUCACAGCUGGGUUCUAGUCAGACUGGGCAAAACUCCAGAUGACUAUGGCAGUAGUGGUGAAUGCAGUUCACCAUCCCCAAUCCCGACCUUUAAAGAAGUUUGGCAGGUUAAGGUGUGGCCAAAAGGUCUUGGACAUGCCAGAAACCUGGUGGGCAUCUACCGGCUGUGCCUCACUGACAAGACAGUCAACUUUGUCAAACUCAAUUCAGACGUGGCCUCUGUGGUGUUGCAGCUGAUGAACGUGCGCCGAUGUGGUCACUCUGAGAACUUUUUCUUCAUAGAAGUGGGCCGUUCGGCCAUCACGGGUCCAGGAGAGUUCUGGAUGCAGGUGGAUGACUCCGUGGUGGCACAGAACAUGCAUGAGACCCUGCUGGAAGCCAUGAAGGCCUUAAGCGAAGAAUUUCGACAGCGCAGUAAGUCGCAGUCUGUGGGGACAUCCUGUGGUACAGCCUCAAACCCCAUCAGUGUCCCGAGUCGUCGCCAUCAUUCAAACCUCCCCCCCAGCCAGGUGGGCUUCUCCAGACGUGCUCGCACUGAGACUCCAGGCAGCAGCACAAGCACUUCACCCACGUCUCGCUAUGGCUUUCCUCGUGCUAGGACAGCUAGCAUCGGAGCACGGUCAGAGGAGAGUGGAACAAGUGGCAAAGGAACGUGGGCCAGUUCGAGCCCAAGCCUUAAUGGAUCUUGUUCCACAACACCCACAUUGAGGCCCAAACCCACCCGGGCUCCCACCCCUGCUAAAAUCACCCUCAGCCUUGCGAGGUACACACCUAACCCUGCACCCUCCCCUGCCCCCAGCUUGUCCUCCAGCUCUGGCCACGGCUCUGAGUGUGGGCUGGUGGGGGCAGCAGUUGGAGGCAUGACAAUCUGUGCUUACCCCCGAGUCUCUCAGAGAGUGUCCAUAUCAGGCUCCCCCAGUGACUACGGCUCAUCUGACGAGUAUGGCUCUAGUCCUGGGGAACACUCUUUGCUUGUCCCAAGUUUGUCUGGGCAUCACGGAGAAGGCUCGUCCAGCUACAUCAUGAUGGGGCACUCACAUCAACACUCCAAAGGCCGAAGGAUCCUGCGGCGAUCUUCAAGUAGAGAGUGUGAGGCAGAACACAGACUGCUCAGUAAAAGAUCUUCUUUACCUUUGGCAUCUCAAGAACGGCUCACUCCACUCCGAAAAGAGGAAGAAGAUGAGGAUGAGGAGUACACAUUCAUGUCACAGUGUGCAGACAGGGGGUCUACUGUUGAAGGCAAAAAGAGGGUAGAGAAAAGACGAGGAGCUGCUGCUGGAGCAGUAGAUAGUGGCUACAUGUCAAUGCUGCCUGGUAUCACAACUCCUCCAGUGUCUCUGUCUCUUGCGAUGGGCAUGUUAGACAAAGGAGGAGACGAAUACAUGGCAAUGACCCCCAAUAACAGCGUAUCUCCCCCUCGCCACAUGCGACAGCCCAGCGCUGAGGGUUACAUGCUCAUGUCUCCCAACAGCAGCAGCUCUACAGAUCUUCAUGGUCUGAGCAUGUGGGAAGGCAGGGGCCGCCUGGAGAGCCACUCUCAGAGCAACUACAUGAACGUGUCUCCUGUCAGCAGCCGCUCUGCCUGCAGCACACCUCCCUCUCAGCCUGAACAAAACCAAAUACAGCCAAAAAUGUUCAAUUCUUAUUUCUCUCUUCCAAGAGCCUAUCAACAUACUCUUUGUACUCGCUUUGAGGAUGACUUGAGCAAAGGGGAAGCGAAAAGCGAUAGCAGUGUUGAUCAAACCAGUAGAAAAGGGACCACAGCAUUUAGUAAACGUAACAAAAUUACUUUGGGUCCAGCGGGAGGCUGCCAACUCUCCAUGUCUUCCUCCUCUUUCUCCUCCAGUUCAGCCAGCAGCGAGAGCCUAGAAGAUAAGUCCCUAUCUGCGGGACGAGGGCUUAGUCUAUUAAGGACAGGUGGAGAGAACAAAAGUCCUAGAGCAAGCACCAAGGAUGGGCACCAUCCUAAACUUGGCUCUGGAAAAAGCCCAAAGCAGCAGAGAAGUGGUAGACCACUGAGUGGAUCAGACUUGUUAAAAGCAAACACCUUGCCUCGUGUCAAAGAGAAUCUGCCCCCAAAAGUGUCCCAGAGUGUGGGGGAGUAUGUGAGCAUUGUGUUUCCUGAUGACAGAUACGAUGCACAUCAUGAAGGAGUAAUUCACGGCACCCUGCGCCCUGUGAACCAGCCCCUUUGUCAUAAUAACAUGGCCAAUCUCCCCCGCAGUUUCUCUGCUCCUCUUUCAGUUCCUACAGAAUAUGUCAGCAUGGACUUGGGAAAAUCCACCACUCCCGCAUAUACUGUCAGAUCUACUUAUAAUACGCCCCAGGGCUCACCUGCUAUCACCCCAAAAGUCAAACACACGGCACCUUCUCCGCUGGCGACCGAGACCAAAAGUGGGUAUAGAGCAUCCGCAGAUACCCCCUCAUCAUUCACAAACAAGAACUGCAGUCGGACAGUCAUGCCCUCAGUGGAGCAGUCCAGUUUGAGUUUUUCUCCUGUGAAAUGCACAAAGUCUCCAGAACGUAGUAGCCAUUUGGCCCGAGGAGACUUACAGGGACGUUGUAGCCACCACACAGACAAGUUUAACAGUCCAUCACACCCAUCUCCAUCUUCUGCCUCCCACUGCUCAGAGGGCAGCAAGCCUCCCAGCCUCCGACACCUGGACUGCUCUCAGUGGGACAGCGGACAAGCCCCUGCUGGAGCAGCCUCCAGCUCAUCUGCACAGCAAGGCCUUAACUACAUUGACCUUGACUUGACCGUAAAGGAGAGCCCUCAGACUGGACCCUACAGCACUGGAGGCAGCAGCAGUGGCCCCUGCCUCAAUGCUUAUGCCAGUAUUGAUUUCUACAAGUCCGAAGAACUGAGAGCACACCAAGGCAGUAAAAAGGAAGGUCAAGAUUGUUGA